UGCUAAAAUUAGUUUAUUUUGACAAUUUUAAAUAUAUACAAACAAAGAUUUAAUUAACACAAAUUUAAAAAAUAACAAGUCAUGAUUAAUUAUUAUACUUAGUUAUAAAAAAAGAAUCUUUGCUUUGCAAUGUCAUUCAAUUAUUUUGAUUUCAUUUGUUUAUUUUUUUUGUAAGUGAAUUUUACAAGUGAGAAGUUUUUUGUUUUAAAUACUUCAUUGCAAUUUAUUAUAAUAAAAUAAUUUGCUCAGUUAAAUAUCAUUGAAUCAAGAAAUAAAAAUGAAGGCCGCUAACUUAAUUGCAACAAGGAAUUGUUUUAAAACGAUAAUUCGAAACCGAUCAACGGAACCAGCGAGGGCAAUGCAGGCUGUUGUUAAAACUAAAGCGCCAACAAUUGACAUUCAAGAUGUUUCUAGAUUCUCACAACUUAGCGAAGUAUGGUGGAAUACAUCGGGCGAAAUGAAACCACUUCAUGCAUUAAAUCCACUUAGGGUACAAUUUAUUCGCGAUGGAUUAGCGAAUAUUGGUCACGAGGCAUCGGAUCCUUCUAAACCCCUUGAGGGAAUUUCAAUGAUCGAAAUUGGUUGUGGUGGUGGAAUUCUAUCAGAACCUUUGGCACGCAUCGGUGCUGAUAUAACUGGAAUUGAUCCAUCCGGUGAAUUAAUUCAAUGUGCAAAAAAACACGCUUCACUAGAUCCUUCUUUAUCAAAGCGUUUAAAUUAUAUUCAAACAUCAAUUGAGGAAUUAACACGUUCAAAUACAAAAACUUAUGACGCUCUUGUUGCUUCCGAAGUUUUGGAACAUGUAGCGGACAAAGAAACAUUUCUCAAAUAUUGCACAGAUUUAUUGAAACCUGGUGGUUCAAUUUUUUUAACAACAAUGAAUAAAACACUUCCAUCUUGGCUUGGGGGAAUAAUUGCAGCUGAAUAUAUUCUAAAAAUGGUACCAAUUGGAACUCAUGAUUGGAAUAAAUUUAUUUCACCAAGUGAAACACGAAGAUUACUUGAAAAGUACAAUUGCAGAACUAAAUUGAUUCAUGGAUUGAUGUAUAAUCCGUUUAAAAAUGAAUGGCACUGGUCGUCAUUGACUCCAAUCAAUUAUGCGAUUCAUGCCAUUAAAAAAGGGGAAUAGUUUCUUAAAAUAUAAGUGUUGUAAAUAAUUAUGUAAACAUUUAAACAAGUUUACUUUAAGAAAUUCUUUAAACACUUACUAUUAUGCUUAAAAAGCAAAUUUUCUAGUUUUUAUAAGUUGUCAACAAAAAGAAUGAUAAUAAAAUUUUCUUUAAAACAUAAUA